GGAACGGGGAUAGGCAUGUUGAUUGAGGUAAAAAUGACUUUGAUAAAUGCAGUAGAUGAUUGUUGUUGUUGAUGUUGUCGAGAUACGACGACAGGGACAACUAUAUAUGCUCGUUCGGAGGUGAUGAAGUCAUAGCUGUGAUGAUGUCAUGACCGAAACCGGUUGCUUCAUUCCAAGCCCUAACAGAAUUUGGCAAUCAGCUCUCCUCCACCUUUCAUCCACUCCUACGCAGAUGUGGAUAGACAUGGAUUGACCACUCAAAGAGUCGGAUUCCCCUGGUUGUUCCGAGUUUCAUGGACGUUGCUCGGGCCGGGUCGGUCAUGACGACAUGUUGCCGCCGGCCGAUGCAGGUUCUGCAGGGUCUCUGCACCCUAUUUUACUCAACUUCAUCUCUGCAUCUGUCAAGCAAAUACCUUGCGAGGAAUCAUCUAGAGAUAGUCAUGUCCACCCCUGUUGAGGAGAGACGCCCGUCGCUGCGCCGCGCUAGCACGGUGCACACCAAUGAUUUCGAUGAUUCGUUUCUGGGACGGGUACGAUCGUUCUUUCGCCGGGACCCCCAUGUUGGGGUAGUCAGCCACAAUGAUCUGCGUGACAAGGAGGACCUUGAGAUCCAUACUUGGAAUGGCAAGGAUGAUCCGGACAAUCCGUUCAAUUGGAGCACAUCCUACAAAUGGCUUCUCACGGUUACAGUGUGUUUCAUCUCCAUCCUCACUGGUAUCCCGGCCGGCUCAUACGGCUCCGGCAACAACUGGAUGGAAGAACGGUUCCACGUCCAAAACACGCCAUUUCCAAACCUUUACUGGGCCACAACAUCUUGGAACAUGGGAGCGGCCUUUUGGCCUCUCAUAUUCGUGCCCCUGACUGAAUCCUCCGGUCGCAUGCCCGGCUAUUUUGUCGCCUACAUCAUCCUCAUCAUCUCGCUGUUCCCCUCCGCCUUCGCCCAAAACUACGCCACUCUCGUAGUAACGCGGUUCUUCGGCGGUGGUGCUUCCUCCGUAUCCAUCAACAUCGUCGGCGGUAGCAUCAGCGAUGUCUGGUACGGAGACAAAGCGCGGAGUCUCCCCAUGUCGCUCUUCGGAUUUACCAGUGUGGUUGGAAUUGCCCUGGGACCAUUCAUCGGAUCCGCCAUCGUAGCCAUCCACAAAACUGCUCCGUGGCGCUGGAUCUUCUACAUUCAAAUCAUUUACCUAACGGGUCUUCUUCCUAUCUUCUGGUUCAUCCUGUAUGAAACCCGCGCAGACGUGAUCCUCGUCCGUCGGGCCAAGAAGCUCCGCAAAGAAAAGCAACGCCCCAUCUACGCUGAAGCUGAGCUAGACAACACCAGCGUAUGGCGUCUGAUGCAGAUCUCCUUCGAACGGCCUACACGCAUGCUCCUCACCGAGCCUGUCGUUGCCUUCUUCACUCUCUGGAUCUCCUUUGCCUGGGGCAUCCUGUAUCUCUUCUUCAGCAGCGUUGUCCAGACCUUCUCCGCCAACUACGGCAUGAAUACUUUGCAAACUGGGACCAUUCAGCUGGCGAUCUCCGUGGGUGCGCUGAUCGGCACUCUCGUCAAUCCUCUACAGGACAUCCUGUAUCUGAAGUCGGCGAGACGCAACAAAGAGAAGCCGGGAAAACCUAUUCCGGAGGCACGGUUGUAUACUAGUAUCAUUGGCAGCUUGAUGUUUGCAGGCGGGCUGUUCUGGUAUGGCUGGUCCAGUACUCCUUCUGUGCCUUGGAUCGUACCAACUCUCGGCAUCGGGUGCACCGGUAUUGGCAUCUACAGUAUUUACAUGGCAGUGGUCAAUUACUUGACAGAUGCGUACGAGAAGUACGCUGCAUCAGCUCUGUCUGCGGCAUCUCUAGGACGAAACUCCUUUGGCGCGUUCCUGCCGCUGGCGAGUUACGAGCUAUUCGAGAACCUGGGGUACGGCUGGGCCGGGUCAUUACUAGGAUUCAUUGGGCUAGCACUAUCAGUUGUGCCAGUAGUACUAGUAUGGAAAGGACCCGAGAUCCGACGCCGCAGUCCAUUCAUGCGCGAAGCAACCUGGGGAGCCGACGAGGAAGAUGUCAUAGAGAAAGAGGGUGACGGAGAAGCGACCGUGUAUCGCGACACGCACACAGGGUAUCCCCAACACGAUCGAGAGGAAGACAACCGCGUGUGAUUCUGAUAUCACCACAUAUAUUAAAAGCAUUCAUUACCAAC